CAAGGUCAGGUCAGUGUGGAAAGUAUUCGGAAAAGAUCCCGAGAAGGUUUUGGAUCCCGAAUACGCCGACAAGGACAAGUCAUUUUUCCAUCCGAAUUGGGCAAUGUCGUUGGCCUGCAGGAUGUGUCAUUCGACGUCCAAAAGGGCGAGACGUUUGUCAUCAUGGGGUUGUCGGGGAGCGGCAAAUCCACGAUGGUGCGCUGCCUGAUCCGGUUGAUAGAUCCGACCGCCGGCGAGAUCGUUAUCAACGGCCAUGACAUCACCCAGAUGUCCGAGAAAAACCUGAUCGAGUUCCGCCGCAGCGGAAUCGCCAUGGUGUUUCAACAUUACGGCUUGAUGCCCCACCGGAACGUUAUUGAUAACGCGGCAUGGGGAUUGGAAGUGCAGGGCGUGAAGAAAGACGAGCGCUAUUCCCGAACGCGCGAAGUCCUGGAACUGGUUGGCCUGUCCGGUUGGGAGGAGGCGUAUCCGCGGCAGUUGUCCGGGGGAAUGCAGCAACGGGUUGGGCUGGCUCGCGCCUUGGCUGUCGAAACUGACAUCAUGCUGAUGGACGAGCCGUUCAGCGGGUUGGAUCCCCUGAUCCGACGCCAGAUGCAGGAUGAACUCCUGCGCCUGCAAUCUGAGUUGCAAAAGACCAUCGUUUUUAUCACGCAUGACCUGAACGAGGCAUUGAAGCUGGGUGACCGCAUCGCGAUUAUGCACGACGGACAGGUAGCGCAAAUCGGAUCCCCCGAGGACAUUGUGCUGCGUCCCGAGGACGAGUACGUGGGAGAUUUCACCCAGGACGUUCGCCUGGAAAGCGUGCUGACAGCUAACAAGGUUAUGGUAACCCCAAAGGCCACCGUCAUGGGACACCAGGGUCCGAGGGCGGCUCUGCACACCAUCGGCAACAGCGACGGCGACGCCGCCUGGGUGGUGGAUAUGCGGGAACGCUACAUAGGGUUGCUGUCCAUUACCAACGCGGAGCGGGCGGUGCGCGCCGGCGUAAAACGAUUCGACCAGGCCUGGGGCUUUGUCGACCGCGAGUAUCCGGCGGUGGCGCCGACAACCACGUUCGACGCUUUGAUUCCGAUGGCGAUGGCGAGCGACUUCCCAAUACCCAUUGUGGAUGACGCCAACGUCUUGGUUGGUGAAGUCCACCGCAGCGCGCUGGCCGAGGCGCUGGCCGAAACCUCUGCGGCUGACGCCGAUUACGAGGCCAACGCCGCCGAAAACGCGUUGAUAGCCGAAUCCCGUGUUGAAAGUGCCACAAAUAUUGACGCGGACGAUUCAGGAAAAUAG